GUGAACAAUCAAAAUCUUGUUUGGUGAAUCGAAGGAGAAAGUCAUGUGCAAUUUGAUUUAUAAAUUUUUUAGUGAUUGGUUGUUCACAUUUCAAAAAUGAGCUACUCUGAAAAAGUUACAGAUGAUACUGUUCAGAAUGAUCAUACCAAUGACAAUCUCAUAGAAACAUCUUCAAUAUCAAGUGUACCAGAAACUAGCACUGAUACAAGUUCUUCACAAAAAUGUGAGGAUGUAAAUGAAGAGACAUCCUCUGAUAAUGAAUCUCUAAGAAGUAAAGAUGUAGAAAGUGAGUCAAAUGAAAAGUUAACAGAUGUGUUAGCUUUUCACCAAAAAGUUAUAAAUGAGAAAAUCCAAACUAUAAAAUGUUUAGAGGAAAAACUGAUGAAAUCUGAAAGACUUGCAAAGGACUAUCAGUUGAAACUUGACCAAGCUUUGAAAGAAAAAGAUGCAGCAGUCAAGCAGAAAGAAAUGAUUGUAGUGAGCUUUGCAGUUGCUGAAAAAAAUGUUUUAAAAGAGAAGUACCAAAAGGAUCAAGCAGAAAAGAAGUACAAAGAAGCUCAUCGAGAAAAUGAGUUCCUGCAACACAAGGUCCAAACUAUGAUAUCUGAGAAAGGAAGAAUAUGUCAAAUGUUGGACAAUAAGUGCCAUGAAUAUAAAAAUGUUCAUCAGGAAUUAGAACAUAUGAAAGCUGAUUUGUCUUCACUGGAAACCAAGUUGAAGUGGUCCCAAAAUAGUUUAAAAUCAGAAAUUGAGAACCACAAGGAAACACAGACAAAACUGGAAAGUGCCAAUAUCAAAUUACUUGAAACCACAAACCUCAUUGAACAUACACAGAAAGAAGCUGAGGCAUCCAUAAAAUCCUACCAUCAUUCAGAAGAGAACAGAGCACAUACUUUAGACAAGCAAUUGCAAGGACAACAAGCUACUCUGAUUUUACUCAAACAUGAAAACAAGGAUAAAGAAGAGCAAUUGAAAAUCCUACAAAAUGAACUCCAAAGAUUGCAGAGCAAGCAGAAAGAGAUGAUCCUUGAAAACAAUGAUUUGUCUCUCAAAGUACAACAACUGGAAAAGGACAGAUCAGAAAGUGAACAGAAAUUGAGUGAGCUUAGGGGCUGUGCAGACCAGCAGAGACAAGACUCAGCUGACUUACAGUCUAAGACUGCACAAUUAGAACAGCUGAAACUACAGUUGAAACAUGAACAAGAUCAACUCAUGGCUUCAAAUGAACAAAUGGUAUUGUUGAAACAGAGGAAUGUGGAACUGGAAUCUGACAUGGAAACCUGUAGACAACGUGAGGCUGAGUUGCUUCUAUUUACUCAACAGUUGACAGAUAAGAAUGUUAGGCUUCAGUCAGAGUUCACAUCUAGGGAAACCAAAAUUCAGCAGCUCAGCUCUGAGUAUACAUCACUGAAGAGACAGAUUAAAGAAGCUGAAUCCAAGAUUUGUAUGUUGUCCAGUAAGUUGUCUGAUGAGGGACAAAGAUUCAAACAAGAAAAUGAUGAUCUCUCAAAUAAACUAGUUGAAGUAACAAAGGCUUAUGAUCAGUGCAAACAGCAAGUGACAGAUAUGAAAGGGGAAGAGACCCUCAUGAAGAGAAAGUAUGAAAUGUCUUUGAAGGAAAUGAACAAGGAAUUGCAUUACUGCCGUAGGAAGCUUGAUGAUUAUGAAAAACCAAGAAGUAAAUCCAGUAACAACAGUUCCAGUUCAUCAUUGAAUACUACUGAUUCAGCUGGCCUAGUGAAAACAGAUGUACAAAUAGACAAAGAGACACUCAUUGAACACAUUGUGAAUAUCCAAAAAGUGAGUGCCAAGAAGUCUGAUAAAAUAGACUUUCUAGAAGAACAUGUUAAUACUCUUGUGGCUGAUAUACAGAAGAAAACAAAGCUUCUUCAAAGCUAUAUUCUUAGAGAACAAUCUGGUGCUUUAACAUCUAACAAAAUGGACAGAAAUAAGGCGGACUUUUCUAAAUUUAAUGGUUUAAUGGCCUCUUUAUAUACAUCUCGUGUUACAGAUGAGAGUGUGACUUUGGAGUUGUCUCUUGAUGUUAAUAGGAAGCUUCAAGCUGUUCUGGAAGAUACAUUACUGAAAAAUAUCACUCUCAAAGAAAAUGUAGACACUCUUGCUUCAGAGAUUGACAGGAUGAACAAGAUGUUGAAACAAUGAAAUAUCCGAUUAGAUUCAAUAUUAAUGAAUGUUCUGAGAAUUGUACCCCAUAAUCCAUUUGAUUAAGUUGAAAACAAGACUGAAUUAUAUGUCACAGUGAGAUUGUU